UUUGAGAAGUGGGAUAUUGCUCCUAAUGGAUUCCAAACACCACAAAAGUUUAUUAGGAAGCAGGGCAUCGUAAAAGUAGGAGGUGGGGGUGGAGGGUCAAGGGGUUGCCACUUAGGCCAGGGGAAGAAAAGCACAUGUGACACCAGAUCCUCGCGGGGCUAAUGGUCAUUACUCGAGCAGACGACCCCCUCCCUACGCCACCCUCAGACCUGCAGCUGGAGGUUCAGAAACCCACUUCCUGGUACUUCGUCUCAAGUGCAGUCUGAGUCCAGAGGCAGAUUUCUGAAUCCCCACCAUGGCCGACGUGCUGGAGAGCGGUGGUGGGCCGGGAGCUGUCAGAGUGGCCAGCGUGGAUUGGCAGAAACGCUGCAUCGCUCUGGAGAUGCAGCUGCUGAGGUUCAGGCUCCAGGCGGGGAAAAUCCGAGAGCUGCUGGCAGAGAAGAUGCAGGAACUGGAGCAGAGGGUGAUCGAGUCCGACCAGCGAGCUGAGAGCGCUGAGAAGCAGAUCCAUGUCAUGGAAGAAAAACUGAAGUCUGCAAACAUUCAAACCAGCGAAUCGGAGAACUCGUUGUACAGGAAGUAUCAGGAGCUGACCAAUCAGGUUCAAGACAAAGAUGCCGUGAUAAAGAGAUUAGAGGUGCAGCUGGAAAAACAGAUCUUAGUCAGAGCCCAGGAGGCGAAAGUUAUUGAGGAGAAGGCUGCCAAGAUUAAAGACUGGGUCACGUUCAAGCUUAAAGAGAUGGAGCAGGAGAACCAGCAGCUGAAAAUGGCCAACCUGAAGCAGACAGAACAGAUCAUGUUGCUGCAGGACAAACUGCAAGCUCUCUUAGAGAAACAUGUUUCCUCUGGAUCUCCUGCCACCUCCCCUGUAACGGAUACACACCUGGUGCCCAGCAGCCCGCUGUUUCCUCCCAGCUGCCCCGGUACUCCACCUGCGCAGGACGACGGCUGGAGACAAGCAGGUCCCAGAGGGGCCGUCUCUAAUAUCAAGACCCCGCCGACAGAUGUGAAGAGGACUCCUGAGCAGUCCAGUAAAGGGAUUUGUCUCGGGGACCAUGAUGCUCGGAGCGGCCCUGUUUCCAUCAGUGGACCAGAGCUCCCGGUGGUCCCAGAGGCUCAGACGGGCGUCUCUGAUAGAGACAACUCCUCCGAUGAGCUCAACAGCAAGUUCCGCUCUCAAUGCCUUCACUCCUCCUCGUCCUCUUCCUCCUCAUCCUCGGCCUACGAGAUGGCCCACGGAUCGAGCUCCCCAGAGUCGUCCCUCAGAAUAACGCCCAAAAGCCCGCUCCUGUCGCGCUCCCCCUCUACCAACAACCCCUUCCCCAAUCCUCCAGCUCACCAGUCGGGCGCCAGCAUGACGCUACCCAAAGUACGGACUCCGCUGACCCCCAGGGACAGCAUCCAGCUGGUCAAGAAGCAUUACAGCCAGCCGCAGCCCAGCCUGGACCGACUCCACCACCUCAACGUUAACAUCGAUAUCAUGACCCCAUCCUCCACUUGCUCCACGCUCAAGAGCUCAGGCACGGCCACCUCGCCCUUCUCGCAGCUUGUGGAAGAAACAGACAUUGACGACGGGCUCCCCGACAGCAUGGACGGGGUGGUGGAAGGGUCGGGUUUCGAGGAGCUAUGCAGGGAUGGAGUCUCCUUUGUGGGACUCCCAGAAGAACUGGAUCAGCUGGAUCCACCGCCGACGCCUCCUUUACAUCGCUUCCCUUCAUGGGAGAGUCGGAUCUACGCCGUGGCAAAGUCAGGAAUGAGAGUAUCAGAGGCGAGUCCUGGAGGCAGGGGCCCCGGACGAGGAUCCAACUUACCCCAGUAUCCUGCCGCAGGUCCGUUCACGCAGCUGAUCUAUAAGAAUCUCAAUGUUCCCGUCUACACCACCCUGAAAGGGAAAGCCACUCAGAUCAGCAGUGUGCCUCUGCCCGACGAUGACUCCGGGUCCGAGGACGACAGCAGCUCUCUGGCCAGUUUACGGACCUCCAUCCUGAGCCCGGACAAGAAGGGCAGCGUCCCGGGGAGCCCGCGCGCCGUCAAGAGAGGUGUGUCCAUGUCCUCCAUCAGCUCAGAGAGUGAUUACGCCAUCCCUCCCGAUGCCUACUCCCUGGACAGUGACUACUCCGAGCCGGAACAUAAAGUCCAGCGAACCUCCUCCUACUCCUGUGAGAGCACUGGGCCUGAGAUGCUGGAGAAGUCGGGGUACCUGCUGAAGAUGGGCAGUCAGGUGAAAGCCUGGAAGCGUCGCUGGUUCAUUCUGAGGAACGGAGAGAUCCUUUACUAUAAAUCUCCUAGUGACGUGAUCAGGAAACCUCAGGGUCAGAUUGAGCUGAACUCGUCCUGCCGUAUAGUUCGUGGAGAAGGAGCACAGACAUUUCAACUGAUUACGGAGAAGAAGACGUUCUAUCUGACGGCCGACUCGCCCAACAUCCUGGAGGAGUGGAUCAGGGUCCUGCAGAACAUCCUCAAAGUCCAGGCCAGCAGCCCGGUGACUGUGGAGACCACCGCCAAGCCCACCGUGAGGGGUUGGCUCACAAAGGUCAAACAUGGACACUCUAAGCUGGUGUGGUGUUCUUUGGUUGGAAAAGUCUUCUACUACUAUCGCAAUCAGGAAGACAAGCUGCCUCUGGGUCAGCUGCAGAUGCGAGGGGCCUCGGUACAGGAAGUAGAUCGCUCCUGUGAUUCAGACGAGGACUAUGAGGCGGGCAGUCGAGGCUUCCUCUCCUCACACUGCACCUUAGUGGUCCAACCAAGAGACCAGAGUCCCACAUACCUGCUCAUCGGCACCAAGCAGGAGAAGGACACAUGGCUGUAUCACCUGACUGUGGCAGCGGGCAGCUGUGCAACCUUCAAAGUGGGCACGGAGUACGAGCAGUUCAUUGGUAAACUCCUGGAUGCAGAGGGAGACCCAGAAUCCGCCUUGUGGAAGAGCGAGGCCUUGAGUUUCUGUAAGGAGGGUCUGCGCUCGCCUCUCACCACUCUGCCCUCUGAAGCUCUGCAGACUGAAGCUCUCAAGCUUUUCAAGUCCUGUCAGCUCUUCAUCAACGUGCUGGUUGAGUCUCCGUCUGUCGAUUACCACACCUCGCUGUCCCAGAAUGCUUUGCAAGUGUGCCUGACACACCCGGAGCUGCAGAAUGAAAUGUACUGUCAGCUGAUCAAGCAGACUAACCGCCGGACGCCACACAACUACCCCCUCACACAGUGCUGGCAGCUGUUGUCACUGUGCGUGGCUCUGUUCCUUCCUCAACAACAUUUCCUGUGGUACCUGCGGCAGUACCUGCAGCGCAAUGCUGACCCGAGGAGUGAGGUGGGGAAGUAUGCAGUGUACUGUCAGAGGUCUGUGGAGCGAACGCUGCAGAAUGGAGAGCGGGCGGCCAAACCUUCGCGUAUGGAGAUCGUCUCCAUCCUGCUGAGAAACCCCUACCACCACUCACUGCCGUUCAGCAUCCCAGUCCACUUCAUGAACAACACCUACCAGGUGGUGGGUUUCGACGGCUCCACCACAGUGGAAGAGUUCCUCAAUACGCUGAACCAGAGGAUCGGCGUGAGGAAGCCUCAGCUGUCUGGCUUUGCCCUCUUCACUGAUGAUCCAUCUGGCAAAGACCUGGAGCACUGCCUGCAGCCGUCUGCCAAGAUCUGCGACGUCAUUUCCAAGUGGGAGCAGGGGCUGAAGGAGCUGCACCCCGGGAAAAAUGAGGGGACGCGGAUAGUGCGUCUAACAUACAAAAGCAGAUUGUGUUUCAGGGCUCAGGUGAAAGGAGAGAUGGAGCGAGAGCGCCUCCUGCUGGCGUACCAGGUGAAUGACGAAGUUCAGCAAGGCCACUUCCCUGUGAACAAAGAGCUGGCUCUGGAGGUGGCUGCCCUCUUGGCACAGGUUGAACAUGGUGACGCGGAGAGACCAGCUGCCUCCUCUCCUGCCGGCUCUCCUCAGCCUAAAUCUCAGCAGAUUCUCCUGCAGGCUUUAGAGCGCUUCUACCCCAAACGCUACAAACAGGACUGCAGCUCAGAGCAGCUCAGAGAUCUUACUGAGUGUCUGGCCACUAAGUGGUCUAUGCUACGUGGGUGCAGUGCACCUGAGUGUGUGAGAAUAUAUCUAACUGUGGCUCGGAAGUGGCCCCUGUUUGGAGCCAAACUCUUCAGCGCCAAGCCUGUCCCCCCCUCUCCUGUCGAGCAGAGCCCGGUGUGGCUGGCAGUCAAUGAAGAUGGAUUGUGUGUGCUCGACUAUACAAUGCACACGCUGGUCACAUACUCCUACCAGUCUGUGAUUACCUUUGGGGGCUGCCGGGACGAUUUCAUGGUGGUGACGAGCCAGCAGAGGGAGCCUGGAGUCGGGAAGAAGAGCGUGGAGAAGCUGCUCUUUGUGAUGACCAAACCAAAGAUACUGGAGCUGACUCUGCUCAUGGCGAGCUACAUCAACCACUGGAACCCCAGCCUCCCGUCUGCCUCGCUCCAGCCCCUCGGCCACUGGGACGUAGAGAGCCGGCACUUCCCCGCCAUGAACUACACCACCAAGGGCCCCACGUUACUGUGAAUCACGCAAACGACGAAGACAACAGUUACCUUUAUUAGUCCGCAUUCACAUGGAGUGCGUCGGGUUACAUGUCUGGGUACUAGGAGAUUAUCUUUUCAUUUUUUAUGAAGGUUUAGGUUUAGAAAUGUCAGAAACAGUCUUGUUGGACUAUUUAUUUCUGCAACAAAAGAGUGUUUCAACUCUGCUUUAUUUAGUUGUAAGGUUCAAAAUUCCUCGUUGGGAUUAUUUUCGUAUCGCAGAAGUGGCGUGAGGACACGUUUCCACCCGCGGCGUGAUUCUUUUAGUCGCUUCUACUGCGACAUUCAUGUGUUCCAGUGUUUCAGACCUGAGAGCUGGUUGGACUGGAGCUCAGUGUUGUGUGUCGCUGAUGAACCAAAGUUUAAAUUCAUUCAUGAGGUACUGUGCAAUUAGAAAGGGACUGAUAUGGCAUGUGAUAUUCUUUAGCAUCUUAAUCCACAUCUAAUGCAAAGAACAGUUAUUGUAAUCAUAGAUUCAUCUGAUUAUUUUCUCAAUGAAUUGGUCUGUAGAAAAUAGAAACAACUUUCAAGUGGACAUAUUGUUUUUGUGACCACAAAGAUAUUAAGUUUAAUAUCAUAGAAGCUUUAAAAAGAGAGUAAAUAUUAGCAUUUAAGCUGCUGCAACCACUGAAUUGUGAUUUAAAAAUGCCUUAAAUGAUGAAUCGAUUAUCUGAUUGUUUCAACUCUGCCCUAAUGCAUAUAAAAUCAGGUGUAUGAUUCAUAUUUAAGGAACUUUUAAAAUCAUUUUCUAUUGUUUUUAAUGAGAAAGUUGAUAUUUAGCUCACUUAUCUAGCCAAAUAAAAGUGAAAUAUGUGAUGUUGCUGAGGGACACAACUGUGUGUGUGUGUGUGUGUGUGUGUGUGUGUGUGUGUGUUCAUGUUUCUGAUGCUCCUCUAACAACAGAAUCAGGUCUCAGUGUUUUUAAUUAUCAACAAACAAAAAGAGGAAAAAUAAAAUAAAGAGCUCACAAAAUAUCUUAAUGACUUGAACUGUUUUGGAUCGAACCACUUUCUCGCUCAUGUCCAUAAUAGUUAUUUAUUUUAUUUCCAACUUCUUUUGGCUUUUGCUUGAAAAGGAAAUGUUUUCCACACGUGUCGCAUUUAUUUCCUUUAUGUAGCAGAGUAAUUUAAAGCGGAGAAUGUUUGGUUUCUGUAUCUGUACGAGAACGUGUUAGAAAAGAUUGAAAGAUGGUGUCUUUAUGUUUGUGUGUGAUCAUAAAAUAAAUGGUACAAUCCUG